AUGGGUGAGAUUUCUCCUCGGGAAGUCUGUAGCUACCAGGAUGUCCUCAAUCACCUGAACCUGACGAAGAAGAAUGAGAAAUUCACAUCCUCUCGGCCUGUGUCUGACUGGACGCGGCCCACGGUGGUUCACCUGGAUGUGUACCUGUACGCCAUCCUAGCUGUGACCUGGAACAAUGACCUGGUGACCUGGGACCCAAAGCAGUUCUGUGGAAUCUCUAAUGUGACCGUUCCCAAGGAGAUGCUCUGGCUACCAGAUGUCAAUAUCCUGGAGCGCACGGAGGAGAAGGACAAGGUCUUACAGGUCCCGUACGUCUCCGUCUCGCACCGCGGUGAAGUGACCCUAGAGGACGGCUUCCGGGUGGUCAGCACCUGCAAGAUGGACAUGUACAAGUUCCCUUUCGACACCCAGAGCUGUAUCAUCACAUUCUGCUCCUCCAUCUACACAAACCGUGACCUGCAUCUACUGCCAUCCUCCAACUCCUCCUGGAUCACGCAGGGCUCGCUGAACGUCCUACAGACGCAGGGGGAGUGGGACUUCCUCGGCAUAUCCGUGUCCGGGCAGAAAGACACCUUUAAUGGAAUGCAGUGGGAUCUGCUCAAGUACACGAUUACCAUGAAGAGGAGGCCCCUGCUGAUAGUCAUGCACUUCCUGCUGCCCAUCCUCUUCUUCCUCAUCCUGGACAUGUCCUCCUUCCUCAUCUCUGACACGCGAGGGGAAAAACUGGGCUUCAAGGUGACCGUGCUCCUGGCCAUCUCUGUCCUGCUGCUCAUGCUCAACGACAUCCUGCCCUCCACGUCUGACAGGACGCCGCUGAUAGCCGUCUACUGCAUCGCCAUCUUUGCCUUCAUGUUGCUGAGCAUCCUGGUGACCAUCCUGGUGACCUACCUGAUCGAGAGAGACGCUGCCACAGGGGAUCCCUCUAAGGACGGAGGUCACUGCAAGCAAGAGGCCGGUGGAGAGGGGGCGAGCUGUGAGCGUGUGGCAGCCGUGUGUGAGCCGACGCGCGACGGGGACCGGCUCGCCGACUCCCAGGUGCUGCGGCUGAUCCUCCUGGAGCUGCAGGCCCUGCGGGGGAGGCUGACCCCUCCUGCCGCGGAACAGGGAUGGGCGAGGCCCCGCCGCCGGGAGAGGCUCGCGAGGCGCGUAAACACGGCCUUCAUCUGUGUCUACGUCGUCUCCAUCGGCCUGUUCCUGCUCCUCCUCUUCCUCAAGUGGACGGCCUAG